AAGAAAACGAUAUCGCAAGUAGACAAGCCUGACUCUCAUAUGCUUUUUGAAAAGGUAUCAAAUCUUACCAAGAAAGGACAUAGUUUAUCCUCAGCAUUGAUUAUCUUAGCACAACGCGGUGAUAUCAGUAAAUCUGACGGAAAUACACUAGCAAAUGAGGGAAGCGUUUUGACAGAAGACCUUCUGCGAAAAUUUGUAGUCAGGGAGAAGUUGAGAAAGAAAUUUCAAGCUUCAAAGCCCGAUAAUGCAAAUGAGCCUUGUAACAUCGUGAAUAAAAAUGGAGGGAUCAAAGAGAACGAAAGCUGCCAAAGAAAUAGUCUUAACAAAUCUAAUGCGAGUAAUGGCACUCCGUUACAAGAAAGUUCUGUGCAACUGACAGCAAUACUUGAAACGCCAAGUUAUACUUCAAAGCAUUCAUCUGAAUGCCUAGCCACACCGCCUAAGGAACUGUUCAAAGAUCAGCUGUCAGUGCCUUCAUCAGUCGUAUCACCAUGGUGUAAAGGCACUCAAAACAAGUAUCUUUAUACCAACAAUAUAGAACUGAACCAAAUCAAUGAGCCUUACAGUGAAGAUUUAAACGCUCUACCUUUUUCUGACAACUCUGUCCAAAAUAAGGGGGUUACCGAGUCUGUCUGGGGAGGUACCCCGUUUGAUCAUCUGGAAUAUUAUACUGACCCCCCUACUGACCCCCCUUGCUCCCAAAAACAACGCUCAGAGUAUACCUUCACAAAACAGGAGCAUUGCGACAACCCCACUGUAAGUACAAUUACGCAGCCUGAAGAGAGUAAUGCUCCUCGAGGAAGUACAAAAGAAAACAAACAAUUAAUGAACACAGAAGAAACCAAUGGAAACCAAUCCGAUUCCAAAAGAGCAAAAAACGGCUCAACAUCCCAGGAGUCUCUUGUAAGCUCAAAGCGCACGCUAGAAACAAAAUGGCAACCAGGAUUCUCAGCAAAGCGCUCAAGAACGUCUGAACCCAGAACAUUUCUUAUGUCGGGCUGUCAAGAACAAAACGCAAUUGACGACAAAUUAAGCCAUCAACCAUUUCUAAAAAGUAAUGAUGAUAAGAUAAAACAACCACAUAUAGUWGAGAAUGAACUACAACUGCAAAGGGUAACGCACGAUACUCAAGAGGACUCCGGCGCAUCUUCCACCACUCCUAUUGUUACAGCAGAGGAACACAAUACAUUCAAGAAUUCUUUAGCAAACAGGGAAGAAAGAAUCAAGAAAUUGUUGGAAAAGCAAAAUAAUUUACUUUUGAAGAUAAAAAACAGAAGCGAGAUGGGAUGACUGWGAAGUGAAUGAAUGCUGAGAAUUGGAGCAGUAUAAAAGUAAUGAARUUCAAGUAGAAUUAAACGGAAGAUACAUGAAGAAUUGAAGCGGGAUGAAAUAAGAAGUUGUCUGGUAAUGUUCAAGAGGUCGGUAAUCCAGGUCAGGUAAGAGCUUAAAAAAGCUCSUUUUAGUUCAUCUUCUACUGAGCUUCUUGCACAUUAUUUGGUUUUAUACAAUAGUUUUAACAGCCGGAUUGGAAUAUUUUUUUCUUAAUCAUAUUUUCAUUAAAGAUAAAGGCAUUUUUGCAUUGAAAUUGAAUGCCAAUAAAUUGAAGGACAGACCAACAGCUURAACCUCCUAUAGUUGAACUGUUCUUAUAAAGUAAGAAAUGAAAUAUACUGCA